AUGGACAUCAAGUUUUGCAAGACCAACCUUCUCAUUGAGCACAAGGAGUUGGAUGGGAGGUUCCAAUUCAAGUUCACACAUCCAUUGUUGGGCAUGAGGAUGAUUUGCGAGAAGAGGAGCCUGAGCUCGAUCGAGCUGAGGAUCGAGCUGAGUCGAGCUGAGGAUCAGUCCAGGAGAGUGCGGAUUUGGGUGAGCCUGAGUGCUAUUAUUUUGAGGAGUAUGAGGCUCCAAGGAUGA